CCGUUGACUUUGACCGUUGGGGAGGGAGUGGGGCAUAUACCGGUGGAUACCCGUCUUGAUUCCAGUUUUCCGCAGGGCCAAACAUGCAUUUAAAUGCCCAACCCCCUCUGCUCCCAUUUCACUCUCUCCAUCUCCAACCCAGCAGCAACUCCUGAGGUGGGAUUGAUUGGCAGUCAUGGCUCGAAACCAACUAGGGGUGCUUGACGCGCUCGAUGUGGCCAAGACGCAAUGGUAUCAUUUCACCGCGAUCAUCAUCGCGGGGAUGGGAUUCUUCACCGACGCGUACGAUCUCUUUAGUAUAUCCCUUGUCACCAAGUUACUCGGCCGGAUAUACUACUAUGACCCCAACUCUGCCAAGCCUGGCACUUUGCCUCCCAAUGUCGCAGCUGCUGUCAACGGCGUCGCGCUCUGUGGCACUUUGGCCGGGCAGCUUUUCUUCGGGUGGCUUGGUGACAAGAUGGGACGGAAACGAGUCUAUGGCCUAACCCUGGUCCUCAUGGUCGUUUGCUCCCUCGCCUCUGGGCUCUCGUUAGGCCACCAGCCCAAGGGCGUCAUGGCCACCCUCUGUUUCUUCCGGUUCUGGCUAGGGUUCGGCAUCGGCGGCGACUACCCGUUGUCUGCGACCAUCAUGUCCGAAUAUGCCAACAAGAAGACCCGUGGGGCGUUCAUCGCCGCAGUCUUCGCCAUGCAAGGAUUCGGGAUAUUGGCUGGAGGGAUCGUGGCACUCAUCGUCUCUAGCGCAUUCGAUCAUGCAUACAAGGCUCCUCCGUACUCAGCUGAUAGGGCAGGCUCCACUGUUCCAGAAGCCGAUUACAUCUGGAGGAUCAUUGUGAUGUUCGGCGCGAUCCCGGCCGCAAUGACCUACUACUGGCGAAUGAAGAUGCCUGAGACCGCUCGUUACACCGCCCUAGUGGCCAAGAACGCGAAAAAGGCGGCAACCGACAUGUCUAGGGUGUUGAACGUCGACCUUGAGGCAGAGGAAGAGAAGGUGGAAAGGAUUGCGCGAGAGGAUUCCAGCAACUUCGGCUUGUUCAGCAGAGAAUUCGCUCGCCGCCACGGGCUGCACCUCGUCGGGACCACCACCACUUGGUUCUUGUUGGACAUUGCUUACUACAGCUCCAACCUCUUCCAGAAGGACAUCUUCAGCAAGGUGGGUUGGCUUCCCAAGCCAGAGAGCAUGAACGCCGUUCAUGAAGUUUUCCGCAUUGCCAAAGCACAGACCUUGAUUGCACUCUGCGGCACCGUCCCCGGAUACUGGUUCACGGUUGCUUUCAUCGAUCACAUUGGAAGGUUCGCUAUCCAAAUGAUGGGCUUCUUCUUCAUGACCGUGUUCAUGUUCGCCCUCGCCAUCCCUUACCAUCACUGGACCCUGAAGCCGAACCACAUCGGCUUCGUGGUCAUGUACUCGUUCACCUUCUUCUUCGCCAACUUCGGGCCCAAUGCCACGACGUUCGUCGUGCCGGCAGAGAUUUUCCCGGCGAGGCUCCGGUCGACUUGCCACGGCAUAUCAGCGGCGUGCGGAAAGGCGGGGGCAAUCGUCGGGGCCUUCGGGUUUUUGUACGCUGCUCAGGGGAAAGCCUUAGCGGAUAGAGACGCUGGCUACCCCCCGGGGAUUGGAAUGAAGAACUCGUUGAUCAUGCUUGGCGUGAUCAACUUCUUCGGGAUGGUGUUCACUCUGUUAGUCCCCGAAUCGAAAGGAAAGUCGCUUGAGGAGCUCACGGGCGAAAAUGAGGACGAGCCCGGUCAGACCCAGCAGCCUCAGGAGAUGUCCGCUGUUAGAACUGUCCCACAAUGAUGUCAGACUCCUAAGUGACUUGGUCUUGAAAAAUGAAGGUAGUUCAAAUUGAGUGCUGAAGCAACUUCCCGUGCUGCUGAAUUUCAUGGAAUCGUCGUCGUCGCGCACGAUGAAUAAGUUCAGUAGAGAAACUCCAUUAUGCAUUCAAGAAACAGUGGAAGAUGUGUAUAUGAAGUUCAUAUUUGUUGUAUGAGCGGUUUGGUUUUUCAUGUUUUCAAUCUUAGAAGUCCCCCAUUUACCGUUUGAUUCCUAGAAGAUGAGACAAAUUCCUAUAACCUAUGACGUUUCUAUGAAAGCUGUGCCUCUAUUCA